CUUCCACAUGGCCCACCCUCUCGAUUUCGAGGAGAGAGAACCCGAGGAUGUCAAAAUCAAACGGGUCACAACCGCACUGAAGGGAAUCCUACAGGCCUGCGCCGACUCCAAAACCGUCCGGCGCGUCGUCUACACCUCCAGCAUAUCGGCGGUCCCAUUCAGCGCCGCCGCCUUCGCCGCGGCCGCGGGCGGCGGACUCAUAGACGAGAGCUACUGGACCGACGUGGAGCUCGUGCGGAGCUUGAAGGCGUUCGGAGGGCCGUACAUCGUGACGAAGACGAUAACGGAGAGAGCCGCCAUUGAUAUUGCUGGAGAGCUCGGAUUGGAUCUGGUUUGUGUGAUUCCUACGUGGACAACUGGUCCUUUCAUUUGCCCUCAUUUUCCGGAUUCUGUCUACGUGGCCAUGGCCUUGAUUCUCGGUGACAAGGAACACUACAAGCACCUUAAGGAUACAAGCUUAGUUCACAUAGAUGACGUGGCAAGAGCACAUAUACAUCUAAUGGAAUAUCCAGGGGCAAAAGGGAGAUACAUUUGUUCUGGUGUUGAGUUUACUAUUGCUGAGUUGUCUGAAUUCAUCUCUGCUAGAUAUCCUGAGUACAAGGAUAAGAUUCCUAAUGAAGAUGCCUGGAAAGAUUUGAUUCCGGUGAAAUUUUCGGGCCUUUCGACGAAAAAACUCGAAGAAACUGGAUUCAAGUACGAGAAUGGGCUGGAGGAAAUGUUUGAUGGAGCAAUUCAAAGCUGCAAGGAAAAGGGUUUUCUCGGAAAAUAAAUUGUUUUAAGUUAUAACUAAUUAAUUUCGAAAGUCUUUUAGUAGUUUCUUGAAUUAUAAUUAUUGUGUGUUUUGAUGAGAUUGUUCUGCAGUUUCUUGAAAUGUUUUGUUAUGUAUAAUAAAUGGUGCACAUCAAUUUGCAUCAAUUUGAAGUUUUUAUCUUCUAAUUAAUUUCGAUCUUCUUCGCC